UGCUGGGAUUUUGUUUCUCUGUUUCUUCAGAAAGGCAAGUACACUUUAUUCUAUUUGACAUUAUCAAAGUCCCUUCUGAUAUUAAUGGUGUAUAAAUAUAUGAAAUUAUAUUUAUAUAAUAUAAAGUUAAAAUAUAAAAAGUAUCUGGGACUUUUUUCUUCGUUUUACCAGUUCCCUGGCCACAGUCUUCCCAGUUAUCUCUCAGGGGAAUUCCAGGGGGAGUGCUCCUCACUGUACUCAAGAACUUCAUUCCCUAAAAGUGUAAAGUAAAGCCUUGUUUUUUCCAUGAUGUCCUUUUGCUCUUAAUAAUUGUCGGUCUAUCUUACAGAACAUUAAGAAGAAAAUUUAGGCUUGGAAAGAACAAAACACUUUUCUUCCAGAAAAGUGGGACUCACUUAUAUGUUUAAAGGGGUUGUGUAGACAUAUGAAGUAUAGCAUAUACAUUCUACAUUCAUACACAUUCAACCAUCUCUUUAGGUAGAGAAAUAAUAAUAGCAUAAUAGCAAGUGUGUCUGAGAUUUGACUGUAAAGUGUUUUUACAUUAUUAUUUGACCUGUUGCUGUUCACUCAAGAUGUAAAGAUUUCAUAUUUGAAAGAAACACAGCAUAUAUAAAGUGCUUCUUUACAUUCAGAAACUUAGUGCAAGAAGCAGUCACAUCACUUCCCUUCCAAUACCUGCUAGUCCUUCUCUUAAGAAACCAACUUCCGGGAUACGUUAAAAAAAAAAAAAACUUCAGACUUCCGUUUCCGUUGGCUUGUGGCCUUGGAAACAAGCACACUCAAUCUUGACAGUUAUGGCGGGGCUGAGCAGCUCUCAGAUCCCCGACGGUGAGUUCACAGCGGUGGUGUACAGGCUCAUCCGCGACUCCCGUUACUCAGAGGCGGUGCAGCUGCUGAGCGCAGAGCUGCAGAGGAGCCCCCGCAGCCGCGCAGGGCUGUCGCUGCUGGCCUACUGCUACUACCGCCUGCAGGAGUUCGAGCUCGCAGCAGAGUGCUAUGAGCAACUGAGCCAGAUGCAUCCGGAACUCGAGCAGUACCGCCUGUACCAGGCCCAGUCGCUCUACAAGGCCUGCCUGUAUCCUGAGGCCACCCGGGUCGCCUUCCUCCUGGACAACCCCUCCUUCUAUAGCCGGGUCCUUCGUCUGCAGGCUGCUAUCAAGUACAGUGAAGGGGAUCUCCCAGGAGCCAGGAGCUUGGUGGAGCAGCUGCUGAGUGGGGAAGCUGGAGAAGACAGUGGAGGGGAGAAUGACCCAGAUGGCUUGGUCAACAUGGGUUGUCUGCUCUACAAGGAGGGACACUAUGAAGCUGCCUGUUCCAAGUUCUUUGCAGCUUUGCAGGCUUCCGGUUACCAGCCCGAUGUAUCUUAUAACCUAGCUUUAGCUUGUUACAGCAACAGGCACUAUGCCCCAGCCCUGAAGCAUAUUGCCAAUAUCAUUGAGCGUGGCAUCCGUCAACACCCAGAACUAGGUGUGGGCAUGACCACCGAGGGCAUUGAUGUUCGCAGUGUUGGCAAUACAGUAGUUCUUCACCAGACUGCUCUGGUGGAAGCCUUCAACCUCAAGGCAGCCAUAGAGUACCAGCUGAGAAACUUUGAAGCAGCCCAGGAAGCCCUCACCGAUAUGCCACCCAGAGCAGAGGAAGAGUUGGACCCCGUGACCCUGCACAACCAGGCUCUGAUGAACAUGGAUGCCAAGCCCACAGAGGGCUUUGAAAAGCUCCAGUUUCUGCUCCAGCAAAACCCCUUCCCCCCAGAGACCUUUGGCAACCUGCUGCUGCUUUACUGUAAAUAUGAGUAUUUCGACCUGGCAGCUGAUGUUCUAGCAGAAAACGCCCACUUGACUUACAAGUUCCUCACACCCUAUCUCUAUGACUUCUUGGAUGCCAUGAUCACUUGCCAGACAGCUCCUGAAGAGGCUUUCAUUAAACUUGAUGGGCUAGCAGGCAUGCUGACGGAGCAGCUCAGGAGACUCACUAAACAAGUUCAAGAAGCAAGGCAUAACAGAGACGAUGAAGUUGUCAUAAAGGCUGUAAACGAAUAUGACGAAACCCUUGAGAAGUAUAUCCCUGUACUGAUGGCCCAGGCAAAAAUCUACUGGAACCUUGAGAAUUAUCCAAUGGUGGAGAAGAUCUUCCGCAAAUCUGUGGAAUUCUGUAAUGACCACGAUGUGUGGAAGCUGAAUGUGGCCCAUGUCCUCUUCAUGCAGGAAAACAAGUACAAGGAGGCCAUUGGUUUCUAUGAGCCCAUUGUCAAGAAGAAUUAUGAUAACAUCCUGAGUGUCAGCGCUAUCGUGUUAGCCAACCUCUGUGUUUCCUACAUUAUGACAAGUCAAAAUGAGGAAGCUGAGGAGCUGAUGAGGAAGAUUGAGAAGGAGGAGGAACAACUCUCCUAUGGUGACCCGGACAAGAAAAUCUACCACCUUUGCAUUGUGAAUUUGGUGAUAGGAACCCUUUAUUGUGCCAAAGGAAACUAUGACUUUGGCAUCUCUCGGGUUAUCAAGAGCCUGGAGCCUUACCAUAAGAAGCUGGGAACUGAUACGUGGUAUUAUGCCAAAAGAUGCUUCCUGUCCUUACUGGAGAACAUGUCGAAGCACACGAUCAUGCUGAGGGACAGCGUCAUUCAAGAAUGUGUCCAGUUUCUAGAGCACUGCGAGAUUUUUGGCAGAAGCAUCCCUGCUGUUAUCGAACAACCCUUGGAGGAGGAAAGAAUGCAUACGGGGAAGAAUACGGUCACUUAUGAGUCCAGACAGCUGAAAGCUUUGAUUUAUGAGAUCAUAGGGUGGAAUAUGUAGUUACUUGUAAAAGAAAAAGGUCAUUAGAAAGGCUUUUUUAGAGUCUGUAUUUCUCUUUUUUCUUUAUUUUCCAUCACUUUUUAUUUACUGUUUCUUUGUUUCUUGUUCAACUCUGUAUACUUAACACCAUGACAGCCUUUCCGCCUUGAUAGCCUGGGAAUAUGUAUUAAGCUCUGGCAUCUUGACUACGCGACACAGUCCACAGUUGCGGCCGUGACAUCUCUGCAGAAACGAAAGCACUGGCAGCCAUUAGAGUUUCAGCUUUGUGUGUGAAGGGGACUAAGCACUAGUCAGUGACUGGUACACAGUCCUGCUGAAACUGCCUAUACAACAAACCAUCUCUCUGUUAGCAAAGAGAAACAGAAAGCAGACUUGGUGCUCUGGAUAGACUGUGCUACUCAAUAAAUACUCUUAACCACA